AUGUUCUCUACUCUGGCAAUCAAUUCUCUGAUUGUGGACAUAGAACUCUGCCUCCAGAGUCUCAGCAUAUCAGGACCUCGCUCCCACACUCACUUACCUCACGCUCCCACGCCGCGUCUCUCUCUCACUCUACAAAGACGCUGUAUUGGAGUGCGACUCCCCAGGCAGCGCAGUCAGUUCAAUCAUCCAUGCCGCCUGCUCACGUCCAUGUGAACAGCACUUCUGUUUGCACAAACGCCACUUACCCGAUGCAGAAAGAAGAACUCCAUGCAUAUGAGCGCCACCUCUGUUCAUGCGAACGCUACUCACCUAUACUGCAGACAGAACUCUGUUUGUACGGACGCCGGCUCAAAAACACAGCAAGAACAGAAGUCUGUUCAUGAGAAUACCGCUGCUUCCACGUGCGACCACACAGAAAGUAGAAUCAAAGGGUGCGCGUGCCGACACUGA